AAGGGUGAAAAAGAUGAGAUUUGAAGCGAAGGGUUUUGAAGAUUUGGCAAAAGAAUGGGAGAAGAAGUGAAGCUGAUUGCUACCCAUGAAAGCUUCCCCUGUGCAAGGAUUGAGUGGGCAUUAAGGAUAAAGGGUGUGGAAUAUGAAUACUUGAAAGAAGAUUUGGCAAAUAAGAGUCCUUUGCUUCUUCAAUCUAACCCUGUUCAUAAGAAAGUUCCAGUCUUUCUUCACAAUGAGAAAACAAUUGCCGAAUCACUUGUGAUCCUUGAAUACAUAGAUGAGACCUGGAAGAACAACCCUCUGCUACCUCUUGAUCCUUAUCAGAGAGCACAUGCUCGCUUCUGGGCCAGGUUUAUUGAUGAGAAGUGUUUGUAUGGUGUGUGGGGAGCAGCUGUGGCUGAAGGAGAAGAGAAGGAAAAGGCUGUGGAGGGUGCAUUGGAGUCACUGAGAUUUCUUGAAAAAGAAAUUGAAGGGAAGAAGUAUUUUGGAGGAGAGAAGAUUGGUUAUCUUGAUAUAGCAGCUGGAUGGUUGUCUCAUUGGCUCAGUGUUCUUGAAGAGCUUGGAGAGAUGGAACUUCUCAAUGCACAGAGAUUCCCUUCUCUUCAUCAAUGGACUCAAAACUUCAUUCAGACUUCACCUGUCAAAGAUUGCAUUCCAUCUAGACAAAGUGUUGUUGAAUAUUUCAGCUUUGGCAUCAACUAUACUCGUUCCUUGGCAUCCAAUAAAUCUUCUUAGUUUAUAAUUCGUUCAUGUUGUUUGUAUUGGAAUUCAGUUUUUCUUUAUAUGGGGUUGCUUCUGUUAUCAUAUGUAAUUGUCUGUCAUCAAUACUUAAUAAGUUUUAUGUGCAGUGAGGUUUCAUGUAAUAAUGCAAUUGUUGGUGAUUUACUACUGAUUUCUCAAGAGAGAAUCUUUGUUUUCUUU